CUGAACAUCAGGAAGAACUUCCUCACUGUGAGAGCUGUUCGGCAGUGGAACUCUCUGCCCCGGAAUGUGGUGUAGGCUCCUUUGAAGGCUUUUAAGCAGGGGCUGGAUGGCCAUCUGUUGGGGGGUGCUUUGAAUGCGAAUUUCCUACUUCUUGGCAGGGGGUUGGACUGGAUGGCCCAUGGGGUCCCUUCCAACUCUAGGAUUCUAUUAGCUGUACAGUAUUGUGUACUUUAGCAACACUUGGAUGACCACUCUUUGCCCACAGUCCCAUCUUAGACUGAUUCUAUAGCCUACACUUAAAAUCAGACCAGACUGUGCUUAGACAUAUUUAGAAGUAGAGCUGAUGGGAGAUUUCUGUUUGUUAUAACACUGAUCCUUACUUUUGUAUCUUGCCAGUUUGCUUGCUUUAUUUUGUGACUAAUCUUUAGAAGCUGAAUAUGGACUUUUUUUUCAAAACAUGCUGAAACAUAUGAAAAAUGUGUGGUAAUCAAAGCCAAUGCACAUUUCCUUGAUAUCUAGUUUUUAUUUAAUUUAGAAAAAAAACUGAGGCGGAAGGCCAUUAUGUCAGUAAAUUCUAAAUUGUUCCCUAAAUUCUUAGCUGUACAUAUUUCACUAACUAUUGCUUUACCAUAAUCCAGCCAGCAACAGGAAUUUUCAAGAACCACUGAUUUCGGUAGGAAUUUACAUGCUCAUUUUUUCUGUAGAAAUCAUUCAUCUCUUUGGCUCAGUUAUGCCUGACCAGUUCAUCCGCCUGUAUCACUGAUAAACUUUAUGUCUUUCCCAACACUACCAUAUUACUUUCACUUUGGGAAUAAAGAGUCCCCUAACCAAAUCAUGUAAAAUAUAUACCUAUGUAUAAAUUGACCACCUCUAUAAGCCAAGGAUAGGUUUCAGGGCUAAAAUUAUGGAAUUUGACCAUGGAUUAUUCGAGUAUCAUUCUGGGUAGAAGGUAAAGCACAGGCACCACCUCAAGACUGCUGCCCUUGCCACCAUAUUCCCACCCAGGGAUUCAGAAAGGCCAGAAUUGGUGGCGUGGUGGAGAGUUAUGUGGGUUAGUUAUUUUAGGCUUUCCUGGGAUGAUCCGAGCACUCAUUUUUCAUCGCUCUGCUUAGAGAGGGGGAUGGUUCCUUUUUUUGUUUUGUUUUUUUGUUUAAGCAUAUGGUACAAUGCUUACAUUGACCCAAGGAUAAGUUGGCUCAGAGUUUUGGGGCUAAUCUUUUAAAAUUUACAAUUGCUGGACAUGAGUAUUUACUUAUUUAUAGUAUUUAUAUUCUGCCCUUCUUACCCUGAAGGGGACUCAGGGCAGAUCACAGAACAUACAUAAGCAGCAAACAUUCAAUACACAGACAAGACAAACAAUUUUGAAUAUAGAUUGAGAUAUAUAGGCUUAAACACAAUAUGUUUUAGUAAUUCAUGAGACUUCAACGAGCAAUAUAUUAAUACUUGUAAGCAUCCUUUUAGGGGGCCCUGGUGGCACAGUGUGUUAAAAGCGCUGAGCUGCUGAAAUUGCGGACCAAAAGGUCCCAGGUUCAAAUCCUGGGAGCAGAAUGAGCGCCUGCUGUUAGCCACAGCUCCUGCCAACCUAGAAGUUUGAAAACAUGCCAAUGUGAGUAGAUCAAUAGGUACAGCUCCGGCGGGAAGGUAUCAGUGCUCCAUGCAGUCAUGCCGGCCACAUGACCUUGGAGAUGUCUAUGGACAACACCGGCUCUUUGGCUUAGAAAUGGAGAUGAGCACCAACCCCCCAGAGUCGGGCACGACUGGACUUAAUUUCAGGGGAAACCUUUACCUUUAAGCAUCCAUUGCAUCAUAAGAUGUAGAAUAUUUUAAAAGUGAAGAGUGAAGGGAAAUAUUGGGGCAGGGAGGAAAUGGUGUCCCAACCACAAGGCACGUCAUUAAGUGCUCUCACAUUUUCAAGUGCAGCAAGCAAUAGCAGGGGCUGGAAACUAUCUUUAAAAAGCUCUGCAGUUUAUGCAAAGCUAAAUUUCCUAUGUGGUUUCUGCACAGGUGGAACAGCUUUACCAUACUAGGAUAGAGUUAUGCAGGUCUUGCUAUACAGUUGCAAGCCACGAGGUGUCUGGCGCAGUGAAGUAUAUGGUCUCGUGCAGGACCUUCUGACUUGCUACAUCACCCGCUUUCCAAAGAGAGCUGACCUUCAUUCAGAUUAAGUUCAGGAUGUGGUCAAAGCCAAGUUCCCCCUUAUGUUGCCAGGGCCAUCCCUUUAGAAAUGUGUCUUAUUUGUCAAAUGGAGCCUACUGUGCCGUUCCGCAAGUGAUGUCCAGGAAAUGUGGUGGGUGGGGAGAUGGGUCCUGCAUCGGACCAAUCUCUAGAUGUUUCAUUUGAGUGGGGUAUGAUGUGGAGUUUUGCCAAAGCAUGCAUUUGCAUUCUGAGACCUCAAACUGGACUCUUCCACACCAUUGAAGACAACAGUGUUAGUACUGGGAUUGGUACUAGGAUUAGGACCAGAGCUCAUGUUAGAGUCAGGAUUAAGUCCAGAUCUAGGUUUGGGCUAGGGCUAGCUGUUACAUGAAGCUAAGCAGCUCUAUCAUUGCAAAAUCCCAGGGGUAAACAGUGAAUGCACCAUCCCUUCCCCAGCCUCGACCACCAAAUAACUGGUAUAUAGAGUUCUACUGAGAACAUUAAAAGCUCAUGAUGUGGUGAGUGACAUAGAUAGAGGACCCUUGGGUUAAGGCUAAGCAGAUGUCAGCUUCUUUCUAGCCAGGAACCAGAGCUUGGUAACAGAUUCUGUAUUGAACCGCCCCGUCCCAGAUUUACACCAUCAGCAAAUUCAAGGGGAUUCUGGGAGUUGUAAUCCAGAUUUUCUAAAGUAAUGCUCAGAACUGAUUCAUUCCAUGUCACGCGCCCAUCCAUACUUGCUUCUCCGAGGAGGUUGUGGUGUACUUUGAGUUGAGUCUCUUUGAGCUGUAGCCUCUCAGUACUACACUCAGCAUCUUGUCACACAUUGGCAGCUGGCUGUCUGCCUGCACCCCUCCCUGCCGUUGCAUUGCUCAUUUUCUUUCCAUUCUGUUCCUGCCUUCAUAAGACAGUCACAGCAGUUGCCUUCAAGUUGCUAGUGGCUUAUAAGCAGACAUUCAUGUGUUAACAACUAUAAGAGGUGGCCCUUUGUGGUACAAAGAGUUCAUUCCAAUUUUUAUUUAGCAACCCUGUGUCUAGCCCAGUUCCCCAUUUGCUCAUCUGAUCCCGGAUUUGGUAACUUCUCUAACAAGAGCAGAAAAAUCUGAAGAGCUCCAGCUGUUCACCGAAGAAAGAUCUAGAAAUCACACAGGAUGUCCCUUCAGGAGCAUUCCAGCAAUGGGUCCACAAACUGCAUAUCACAAUUGGACAUUUUCCAAGAAAAAAUAUGGUUCAUCUUUGUUCUCCAGUCUGUUUUGGCUGUUGUUGGGAAUGGCUUUGCCAUCUACCGCUUUGUCGUUCGAGAACGUCAGUGGCACACUGGCAUCGUCUAUGUCUUCAACCUGACUGUCAGUGACCUCCUUUAUGCCUUCUCGUUGUUACCGAUAGCAUCUUAUUAUUACCCUCCCAAGGACUGGAAAUACGGUGCUGUAUUUUGCAAACUGGACCGCUUCCUCUUCUUCUGCAACUUUUAUGGUAGCACAUUUUUUGUCGCCUGCAUCAGCCUGAACCGUUACGUUGCCAUUGUCCAUCCGUUCUUUGCCCAUAGCCGCUUAGAGACUCGCCAUGCCAAGCUUGUCAGUGGGGCAGUGUGGUUACUGGUGAUGACCAUCUCAGCACCUGUUUUUACCUUUUCCAUCCUUGAAAAUUCCUCUGAAAACAACAUCAGCAGAACUAUCUGUCUGGGAAGCGCAUCCAGGGCAGAGUUGCCCAAAUACUGGCCCUACAGCCUGUUCCUAGCAGCUUUUGGGUGCGGGUUGCCCUUUUUCCUUACUGCCUUUUCCUGCAUUGCCAUUGUCUGCACAGUCAUCCACAGUCAUGGCCUCACAGCAGAGGAAAAAUUCAAAGUGAAGGCCCUGGUUGGCAUGGUGGUGGUCCUCUAUGCCAUUUUCUACCUGCCUUUUCAUGUUUUACGCAACCUGAACCUUCACAACCGUAUGCACGAGAACCUUCAUGAUCGUAUGCACAAUAAUUGCAAUGUCUUCGUGUAUGAUUUCUAUCAGAUGGCCAAGAUCUUGGUCAACUUUCACAUCUGCAUCCACCCAAUGGUUUAUGCUGCCUUGACUGACAGUUUGCAGAAGUAUUGCUUCGGGUGUUUUCGAUGGAGGAAAGAGAUGCACGAAGAAGAAAAGAAUGUGGAAAUGAGACUGUGUAACCAACUGCCUUCUCAAAUACCCCAGGACUAGUAUUGCUGACAUAAUUUCUCAUGGAUAGGACUUACAAUGGCCUUGCAAUUCCUGUACUACAGUGAGAAGAAAUUUUGUAUUAUUAAUGAGAAGUUAUGGGAUGAAGUAGGGUAGCCCAAACCUGUAUUGCCUUGUGUUAGUGUCACUACCUUUUCUGACAUUGUGUAAGAGGCAUCUUAUGCAAUAAUUUUGCUAGGCACUGUAAUAGAUGCAAAAUGUAGCCUCGGACUCCACCAUCCCAACAAUAAUGGCAAUACAUUACUUCCAGUGGCAGAUGUUGCCUUCCAUGCCAUUGGGAAUACAUUCCAGUUUUUAGUCUGAACUUUAAAUAUUCCCGAACUGUGGAUCUUCAGAUGCUUUUUGCACUGGCUCUCAGAAUCUCUUACAAUUGGCCAGAGUGGCUCAAAUUGUUAGGAAUAAAAGUCCAAAGACACCUGGAAUUCAAGAAUCGCUGAUCUACCCAUGUGGUGGAUCUAUUUUGUGGAACAGUGUUCAGCAUGCAACACUGCUAAAAACCAAUGUGACUGACAUGAUGGAAGCCACCAACAACCACUGAUUCUGUUUUAAACAGUUAUGCCAAUUGUUCUCAACCUGUGGGUCCCCAAGUGUUUUGGUCUACAACUCCCAGAAAUCUCAGCCAGUUUACCAGCUGUUAGGAUUUCUGGGAGUUGAAGGCCAAAAACAUCUGGGGUUGAGAACCUGAAAAAUUAAUUUUCAAAGUCAUACAACAAGUUGGGUCGUAAGUUCAUUGAGUUCAGUUCCAUGCUUGUCAUUCCUAUUUAUGUACAGAACACUUUACUUCUAUCUCUUGUUGUAAAUAUUUCAUUUCUGCCAGAUAUGUUUUCUGAGGAGAGUGUAGGGUUAGGGUGAAGUCGCUGAAGGCAAGUUCGGCUUGGACCCAAGGCACUUCCUUCUCCAGUUACAGACUUAAGGGUUUCCUUUCCCUUCUUUGAGCUGUGACUUUAUCUGCUGUCAAACAGCUCUGCUGGAUGUGGUCUGAUAUGUUUCAGUGGAAAUUAUCAUCUGCUCAGUAUGUAUAAUACAAUCUCUGGAAAUGAGAUUGCUUGCCCCUUGACAUUUCACAGAGUACAAACUUGUCUACUCUAGUUCCUCAUGCAGUCUCUUGUAGCGCAGUUUGCGGAGGGAUCUUACAACUAUGACUUCUCCAGCCACGAUGGAAAAAUUCUACUAUCACAAUUCUACAACCAAAGAAGACUUGGUCUUUGCAUUGAGGGUAAUGUAUUGAUUUGUUCUAUAUUGGAGAGAUUAUUUUAGUUGCAUAAUCAAUGUAUACACCAGAGAUCCCCAAACUAAGGCCCAUGAGCCGAAUGUGGCCCUCCAAGGUCACAUCCCUGGCCCCUGCCCUAAACCUUAGGGUCGCUCUAAAUCAGAAAUGAAUUGAAGGCACUUGUGUUGUCACCAACAAUCCUCAUUAAAUUGACUAUCUGUUCAGUCAAAAGCAGACACACACUUUCCAUUGAAAUACUGGUACGCUUCUGUCAGUUAAAAUUGUUCUUCAUUUUAAAUAUUGUAUUGCUCUUUCGUAAUUUUUUUGCACUAUAAAUAACAUGUGCCAUGUGCAUAAGAA